UUGUGGUAGGGAAAGGGGAAAAGCGAGCGAGCGAGCGAGAGGAGACGCGACCGUCGAACGCGAGGCCGCGAGCGAAGCAGAAGAGAAAGCAAACCCACCCACCAGCCACCACAGGCGAAGCGGCGGAGGAACCAGCGGCAGCUCGACGGAGCCCAUCCGGCUCGCCGCCGGCCUCCUCCUCCUCCCCCUCCGGGGCCCGACGCCCGAAUCAGAAUGUUUCCUCUGACUGACGAGUGCAAUCCACCCGCUCCCCCGGAUUCCAGCGGUUCCAUGGAGGACGCCUCUGACCAGACCGCCCGCGCCCCGCCGGCCGGGGAGUGCGAAUGGAGGGAGGAGCUGCGGCAGCAGCAGUCGCAGGUGGAGGCGCUGCGGGACCGGCUCGUGGAGGUGAAGGUCGGGAUGCGGCGCUCGGAGGACGACUCCGGGCGGGAGCUCGAGCACCUGUGCCGCAGGGUGAAGGCCAUCGCCACCCUGCUCGCCUACCUCAAGUCCAAGGCCAGGAUCAUGGCGAUACCGCACCUCGCGCACACCUCCUGCGGGAUCAGGGCCCAGGACGGCGUGGGCUUCGUCGACCGCCACGGCGUGCCGCUGGCCGACUGGUCCAAGGCUGCCGAGCCCGGGUCCGGUGAGGGCGCCGAUGCCAACGAGGGGGAUGGAGAUGUCGACGACAUCCUCAAGUCCAUCCGCGUGGUGACCGACGUCAUGGAGUCUCUUGUGAAGAGGGUCAUUGUGGCUGAAUCCGAGACUGCUAACGAGAAGGAGAAGGUGCGGAUUGGGUUGGAGGAGAUCAGGAGGAAGACCAUGCAGGUCGAGUCCAUGUCGGUGAAAGUCGAGGAGAUGGAGAAGUUUGCGGUCGGCACCAACGGCAUGCUGAAUGAUAUGAGGCAGCGGGUUGAGGAUAUGGUGCUGGAGACCACUCGGCAGAGGGAGCGCGCUGCUGAGAAUGAGGAGGAGCUUAGCCGCGUGAAGACCGACUUUGAGUCGCUCAGGACUUAUGUCAGCACGCUCGUCAGCGUCAGAGAAACUCUUCUUUCGUCGGAGAAGCAAUUCGAGACGAUGGAGAAGCUUUUUGACAGGCUAGUCGCGAGGACAAACCAGCUUGAGACUGAGAAAGCGCAGAAAGAAGCCGAAGUCCAGAAGGUGAUGGAGGAAAACGUGAGGCUACGUGCCAUGGUAGACAAGAAGGAUGCACAGCUCCAGGCGAUGAGCGAGCAGUGCAAGUUCAUGGCGCUGAACCGUCCAAACUAGCGGGAGAUACACACCAAAGAAACCUGCACUCGUCCAACUGAUGUCACUUACAGAAUUACACAGCGGCAACAGCAAAAGAAGAAAAUAUCCUGGAUGUCUCGAAUAAUUGCUAUCAGGUUCCAGGGUCUGUGAUUCGUGGCGCAAAGCCAAUUGUGAAUUGUUUUACCUUAGAAGAUGUGGUGUAUUUGGAAUCUCAACCUGACAUUUGUAUCUGAAUGUGUGUAAAAGGCUGGGCGCGUUUGUCCGGUUUUGUAGCAAAUCCAUAGAGAUGUAUGUAUAACUGCUGUUUCACCUUUC